AUGGGGAGCUAUUACAAUGGAGAAGCGGAGCCGCAGAAGCUGACGUCAUCGGCUUCGUUCAAGGCUCGGAAGAAACCUGCCGCGGCCGUAUCUCGGAACGGCUCCGAUGUGGAUGACUUCAUGACUCUGUUGCAUGGCUCUGACCCGGUGCGCGUCGAGCUCACUCGCCUCGAGAACGAAGCAGUUGAAGAGCUUACUGAUGAGCUGAAGAAAGUAGAUGACAAGUUAAAAGCGACGGAAUCUCAACUUGAAGUCAAGAAACUAGAUAUUAAGAAAAUAAAUGAGGAGAAAAAAGCUGCAAUGGCUGCACAAUUUGCUGCAGAAGCAACACUUCGAAGGGUGCAUGCUGCACAGAAAGAUGAUGAGAUGCCUCCAAUCGAGGCAAUCAUCACACCUUUAGAGGCCGAAUUAAAGCUGACAAGAAUGGAGGUAGCGAAGCUACAGGAAGAUAACAGAGCACUUGACCGACUCACUAAAUCUAAAGAGGCUGCUCUCUUGGAAGCAGAGCGUACAGUUCAGAUAGCUCUAGCAAAGGCAUCCUUGGUUGAUGACUUGCAGAAUAAAAACCAAGAGCUGGGAAAACAGAUUGAGAUAUGCCAGGAAGAGAAUAGAAUAUUGGACAAAAUGCAUAGACAAAAGGUUUCUGAGGUUGAAAAGCUUACACAAACUGUUCGUGAGCUCGAGGAAGCUGUUUUGGCUGGGGGUGCUGCAGCUAAUGCUGUUCGAGAUUAUCAGAGAAAAGUGCAAGAAAUCAAUGAAGAAAAAAGAGUUUUAGACCGUGAACUAGCUCGUGCCAAGGUAUCUGCAAAUCGUGUAGCUGUUGUUGUUGCAAAUGAUUGGAAAGAUGCAAAUGACAAAGUCAUGCCAGUAAAGCAAUGGCUUGAAGAAAGAAAAUUCUACCAGGGAGAAAUGCAACAGCUGAAAGAUAAACUGGCGAUUGCAGAUCGUGCUGCUAAGGCAGAAGCACAACUGAAGGAAAAAUACCAGUUGCGUUUUAAAGUUUUGGAGGAAAGACUUAAAGGGUGUCCAAAUAGUUUAAAUCGUUCUUCAUCACAAGGAAGAAGUAUGACCAAUGGGAAUUCUCGUAGACAGUCACACGGAGGAUCAGAAAACUUGUCUAGGCCAUCCUUAAACGGACUUCUAUCCAGAAAAGUAAACUUAUCGGGGUCGCCCCGGAUUACUAGUGCUGGUUCAUUGUUCAACCAGACAAAGAAUUUCUCCAGUUCAUUUGAUAGUGACGGUACAAAUGAGAAAGAAAGUGCAGCUGUCUAUGACAAAGAGACCCCAAAUAAUGGAGUAAUAAAUCCAUGCGAGAACGGGCAUGCUGGUAUUAUAAAGGAAAAGUCAAAAAGUGAAACCGAAGACUCUGUUUCUGGAGUGCUGUAUGAUAUGCUGCAGAAAGAGGUUAUAAUACUACAAAAAGCUUGCCAUGAGAAAAAUCAGAGCCUGAAGGACAAAGAUGACGCAAUUGAGAUGUUGGCGAAAAAAGUUGAAAUGUUGAACAAAGCAAUGGAAGUCGAGGCAAAGAAAAUGCGGAGAGAAAAAGCUACCAUGGAAAAGGAAAUUGUUGCCAUGCGCAAUAUAGCGAGCAAGAUCAAAGGAACCGGCGUUCUAGUGCUACCAGAGCUCAAGAGUCGAGAGUUCUCAACUUGA